UAUUUCCAGCAGCGGGAGGACGAGGAGGAGGAGGGACGGCGGGUCUCUGGCUGCCCGCGCAUCGCGGCGGAGGGAUGCGGAGGGAGGGGAGGCUGCCUGCGGGGCGGGCCGGCUGAGCGCAUCCCCGGGGCGCGCCUGUGUCUGUGUGUCUGUGUGUCUGUCUGUGUGUCUGUCUCUGUCUCUGUGUGCGUGUGUGUGUGCGCGCUCCCUCCAUCCAUCCCUCCAUCCCUCCCUUCCUCCCUCCCUCCCUCCCUUCUCCCUCCCUCCCUCCCUCCCGCCCGCCCGCCCGCCGCAGCCGCGCACCGGGGCUCCGCCGCCCGCCCCGCCGCGAUGCCCCGCUGCUGCCGCCGCCGCUGCUGAGCCUCCCCGGCGCCGCCCGCUCCCGCUCCCCGCCAGGCUGAGGAUGUUUGGGAGCUGUCUGCUGGAAGUGGCCAUGUCGCGAGCAGCUCUCACACAGCCCUCCCCGGCGAGCUUCCCGCUCCUGAGCCUUGUCCUGGUGCUGCUGUGCCAUGCAGAGGGCACACGUGCGGAGAGCCCCAGCGAACUGCCCGCCAACGACACCGAGGAGUGCGCUGGCUCCUACAUCUGCAAAAAGGGCGUGAUUUUACCCAUAUGGGAGCCCCAGGACCCCUCGUUUGGGGACAAAAUCGCUCGGGCAACGGUGUAUUUUGUAGCAAUGGUGUACAUGUUCCUGGGAGUGUCCAUCAUAGCCGACCGCUUCAUGUCCUCCAUCGAAGUCAUUACAUCCCAAGAGCGGGAAAUAACCAUCAAGAAGCCCAACGGCGAGACCAGCAAAACCACCGUGAGGAUCUGGAACGAGACCGUUUCCAACCUCACGCUGAUGGCCUUGGGCUCGUCCGCUCCGGAGAUCCUGCUCUCCGUUAUCGAGGUGUGCGGCCACGGCUUCACAGCGGGGGACCUGGGGCCGAGCACCAUCGUGGGGAGCGCUGCCUUCAACAUGUUCGUCAUCAUCGCGAUCUGCGUGUACGUGGUGCCCGACGGAGAGAUAAGGAAGAUCAAGCACUUGCGAGUGUUUUUUGUUACAGCGGCCUGGAGCAUCUUUGCCUACACUUGGCUUUACAUUAUUUUAUCUGUGUCUUCUCCUGGGAUUGUGGAGGUUUGGGAAGGCUUGCUCACCUUCUUCUUCUUCCCCAUCUGUGUAGUGUUUGCCUGGAUAGCUGACAGGAGGCUUUUAUUUUACAAGUACGUCUACAAGAAAUACCGAGCUGGCAAGCAGAGGGGGAUGAUCAUCGAGCAUGAGGGUGACCGGCCCUCCUCCAAGGCUGACAUCGAGAUGGAUGGAAAGGUUGCUAAUUCUCACGUGGAGAACUUUUUGGACGGGACACUGGUGUUGGAGGUGGACGAGAAGGACCAGGAUGACGAGGAAGCCAGGAGGGAGAUGGCUCGGAUCCUGAAGGAGCUGAAACAAAAGCACCCGGACAAGGAAAUCGAGCAGCUCAUAGAGCUGGCCAACUACCAGGUGCUGAGCCAGCAGCAGAAGAGCAGGGCUUUCUACCGCAUCCAGGCCACUCGGCUCAUGACCGGCGCCGGCAACAUCCUCAAGAGACACGCCGCAGACCAGGCCCGCAAGGCCGUCAGCAUGCACGAGGUCAACAGCGAGGCGGCCGAGAGCGACCCUGUCAGCAAGCUCUACUUCGAGCAGGGCACCUACCAGUGCCUGGAGAACUGCGGCACCGUGGCCCUGACCAUCGUUCGCCGCGGGGGAGACCUCACCAACACGGUGUACGUCGACUUCCGCACCGAGGACGGGACGGCCAACGCCGGCUCCGACUACGAGUUCACCGAGGGCACCGUGGUCUUCAAGCCUGGGGAGACCCAGAAGGAAAUUCGCGUCGGCAUAAUCGACGACGACAUAUUCGAGGAGGAUGAGAACUUCCUGGUCCAUCUCAGCAACGUCCGUGUGAGCACCGAGGCCUCGGACGAGGGUGUCCUUGAGGCCGGUCGGGUCUCAGCGCUGGCCUGCCUGGGGUCGCCGUCCACUGCCACCGUCACCAUCUUCGACGACGACCACGCCGGCAUCUUCACCUUCGAGGAGCCGGUGACGCACAUCAGCGAAAGCGUAGGAACCAUGGAAGUGAAAGUGCUGCGAACCUCUGGAGCACGAGGAAAUGUUAUUGUGCCCUACAAAACCAUUGAAGGCACGGCCAAAGGCGGAGGAGAGGACUUUGAAGACACCUGCGGGGAGCUGGAGUUCCAGAAUGAUGAGAUAGUCAAAACGAUAUCAAUCAAGGUGAUAGAUGAUGAGGAGUAUGAGAAAAACAAGACCUUCUACCUAGAGAUCGGGGAGCCCCGGCUGGUGGAGAUGAGUGAGAAGAAAGGCGGCUUCACCAUCACAGAGGAGAAUGAGGAAAAGCAGCCACUGACCAGCAAGGAAGAGGAAGAGCGUCGGAUCGCCGAGAUGGGGCGCCCAGUCCUGGGGGAGCACACCAAACUCGAGAUCAUCAUUGAGGAGUCCUAUGAGUUCAAGAACACGGUGGACAAGCUCAUUAAGAAGACGAACCUGGCCCUGGUGGUUGGCACAAACAGCUGGAGGGAGCAGUUCAUCGAGGCCAUUACUGUCAGCGCCGGGGAAGACGACGAUGACGAUGAAUGUGGGGAGGAGAAGCUGCCCUCCUGCUUUGACUACGUGAUGCACUUUCUGACCGUCUUCUGGAAGGUCCUGUUUGCCUUCGUGCCCCCCACAGACUACUGGAAUGGCUGGGCUUGCUUUGUUGUCUCCAUCCUCAUGAUUGGCCUCCUGACAGCUUUCAUUGGCGACCUGGCCUCCCACUUUGGCUGCACCAUUGGCCUGAAGGACUCCGUCACUGCCGUCGUGUUUGUGGCCCUGGGGACAUCGGUGCCAGACACAUUUGCCAGCAAAGUAGCAGCCACGCAGGACCAGUACGCGGACGCCUCCAUCGGGAACGUCACCGGGAGCAACGCAGUGAACGUUUUCCUGGGCAUUGGGGUGGCCUGGUCCAUCGCAGCCAUCUACCACGCGGCGCACGGACAAGCCUUCCAAGUGUCCCCUGGCACCCUGGCCUUCUCUGUCACCCUCUUCACCAUUUUUGCUUUUAUCAGUGUGGGAGUGCUGCUCUACCGGCGGAGACCCGAGAUCGGAGGUGAGCUGGGCGGGCCGCGGACUUCCAAGCUGCUCACAUCCUCACUCUUUAUCCUCCUCUGGCUCUUGUACAUAUUCUUCUCAUCUCUGGAAGCCUACUGCCACAUAAAGGGCUUCUAAAGGGACAAUCAGAGAUAGUAAAUAUGUGUAUAUCUAUAUAUAUCUAUAUAGAGUGAUAUAUAGGUAUAGAUAUAGAUAUAAAGCUGUGUAUAAUGAACAGAGAAAGAAUAAAAGAGAUUUGCCAUGUUCACACAUCUGCUGAUGGAAAGCGGCUUUGGAGCAUCCUUUGAACUAGGCAGGACCCCAAAGCCAGCAGGACCCCUCCCCAGGCAGCAGCCCCAGCCAGGAGCCAGGGGCAGGGCCCUUUCUGCAGCUCGAGCACCAGGAGCGGCCACCGAGCCCUUCCCACGCUGACUCCCACCCGCCGGCCCCCGGGAGGACGACGCCAAGGCGACCGGGGCGCCGGGAAGGCCGGAGUAGCCGGUGAGAAACAGAGCAGUGGGCAAGGGAAGGAGAGGAGAGCGAGGGUCCUGAUCUCCCACCGCCACCCAGCUGCCUUUGCCACUCGGGAACAGGCGCCCUGGCCCUGCUGGAGAGGAGCGAGAGACCGAGCUGAAGACAAGGGGAAACUGGGAGCUUCCUAAGGAUAGAACACAAACCGUUCUCGUCAUUGAUUUGGGGUUGGUUUUUUCGUUUCGUUUUGGCGUGUGUACAACUAGCAUUUCCCACCCACAUGCCCUCACCUCUCCCUGUCCAUGCUUUGGGGGCGCAGCCCAGCCUCGUGUCCGGUGUCCCAAGCCGAGCUGCGCGGAGCGGCGGGAGCCUUCCUCCCGCUCCUCCGCCUCCUCGGGCAUGCUGUCGUGGUACUUGUAACAUUUGCAUGAAUGAAAUGAAAUCUAUCUGUAUAUAGCAUCCUAUAGAGAUAGUCCCUCCAACCAUGUGGGUUGAGCAUUGCAGAUUACAAGCGUUUUCUUUUCACUGGGUUUUAUUUAUUUUUAGUUAGUUGGGUUUUGCCAUAGGGUUUUUGUUUGUUUGUUUCCUCUUAGCGGGGAUGGAGAGGAUGGAAAGCUGUCCCCACUCACUGCUCGUGGCGUGGGUCCAUGAGAAGCAAUAACAGCCAGGCAGUUGUAGGUUUUCAGGGGAGGAAAACCCACACCCCAGAGACUUCAGGCUCUGUCCAGCUGUGUGGAUGGGGGUCCUCUGAUGUGCUGAGGGGGGUGUGAAGGCCUCUUGUACCCGCAGGAGGUUUUACACAAGGUCCCAGGGAGUGAGUGGGGUGAGCAGUCCGAGUGGAAUGAGCGUGGCUGACUCCCAGCACCUCACGCUUCUGCCUGUCGAGUCGGUGGUGCCUCCCAGCCCUUGGCCCCCUGCUAUUCCCUGUGUCCCCAGAGGUGUAGUGACAGCCCCUGUUUCUGAGUGCUAAGCCAUCAGGACCAGUCCCCAAAGCUGGUCCCUUCCCACAGCCAUUGGGAGGCAGAAAAAUCCAACGUGAGGGCUUGAAGGGCUGUACAAGAUCUCCUGCUCCACUGAGCGCAGCCGGGAGGCAUUCCCCCAGGAAAAGGUCAUGUUCUGCACUCUCCAAACCCAAAACCACUGGGCAGGAUGAGACAGGGAGGUGUAACUCAGCAUCACCCCCCUGAUGCCAGGAGUGCAAUGGGGUAGAGAGUUGAGCCAGGGAAAUGUGGGUGUGGAGCUCCCGAGGGUGCAGCACCAGUAUGGAGAGAUGUCUUCUGACCCCACGCCCUUUUCCAGGCCUCCUGACACUCCAGCCAGGCAAGCUCCCAGCCUGCCUGUCCAUGGUGAGCUCUUCCCACUCAGCUGAAAACCAUGUCUGAUGCUUGUACCAUAACCAGCUGGCUGGGGGUAUUUGUACUCAUCUUGAACUAUCUGUGGAAAUUUUAAUUAACCUGCUGUAAGGUUUUCUCUAGGAAUAUGAAGUCGUGGGUUUCAGGUUUGUUUUUUUUUUUCUUUCUCGAGCCUUUUUUCACUUUUGAUUUGUUUUGGGGUUUAAAAUUUUUGUUUCUCAUUGUUUUGGGGGAAAAUCAAACACAGGUGCAGGUUGUUCAGGUCUAUGAUUACUUUUAUGUACAAUGACUUCAUUUUCAUCUGUUUGGCUUCAUUUUUUUUCUUUGUGUGUAUUGCCCACCACUAUAGGCAGUGAGUCCACUAAUUGUGAUGAUCCUUAUCAAUGGUACACAAUGCACAGAGAAAUAAAGUUUGUAAUGAUUCCUGAUGGA